AUGAUGAAGCUGCUCCUGCUUCUCAGCUUGGUGGCUCUCUCCCAGUGCCAUGUGUCCAAGAUCUCUCUGAGGAAAGGCAAGUCCCUGCGGAAGGCCCUGAAGGAACAUGGCUUGCUGGAGCACUACCUGAAGCACAACCCUUACAACUUGGCUUCCAAAUACUUCCCCUCUCUGGCCGGCACAGUCUCCUCCGAGCCCCUGGAGAACUACAUGGAUACGGAGUACUUCGGCACCAUCUCCAUCGGCACUCCGGCCCAGGAGUUCACCGUCCUCUUUGACACCGGUUCCUCCAACCUGUGGGUGCCCUCAGUGUACUGCUCCAGCGAGGCCUGCACCAACCACAACCGCUUCAACCCAGCAGACUCCUCCACCUUUGAGGGCACCAACGACAGCCUCUCCAUCCAGUAUGGCACCGGCAGCAUGACCGGCAUCCUUGGCUAUGACACUGUUGACGUUGGGAGCAUCAGCAUCAGCAACCAGAUCUUUGGGUUGAGUGAGACUGAGCCUGGCGAUUUCUUCUACUACUGCCCCUUUGAUGGCAUCCUGGGCCUGGCUUAUCCCAGCAUCGCUUCCUCUGGAGCCACCCCUGUCUUUGACAACAUGAUGAGCCAAGACCUGGUGUCCCAGGACCUCUUCUCUGUCUAUCUGAGCAACGAUGAUGAGAGCGGCAGCUUUGUCAUGUUUGGCGGCAUUGACUACUCUUACACCUCUGGAGGCCUCACCUGGAUCCCUCUCUCUGCUGAAAGCUACUGGCAGAUCACCAUGGAUAGCGUCUCCAUGAGCGGGGAGAUCCUUGCCUGUGCAUCCAGCUGCCAGGCCAUCAUUGACACUGGCACUUCUCUGCUGGCUGCCCCCAGCACCGCUGUUGCUAACAUCCAGUCUGCCCUUGGUGCCAACUCCAACGGCGAGAUCAGUUGCGACAGCAUCAGCAGCUUGUCCGAUAUAGUCUUCAACCUCAAUGGCCAAGCCUUCUCUGUGCCUCCCAGCAGCUACAUCUUGCAGAGCGAUGGGUCCUGCAGCCUUGCCUUCGAAGCGAUGAACCUCCCCACUGAGUCUGGUUACCUCUGGAUCCUCGGGGACGUCUUCAUCCAUGAGUACUAUGUGGUCUUUGACAGGGCCAACAACAGGGUAGGCCUGUCCCCCCUGUCUUGA